AUGCUGAAGCUGAGUUGGCAGGACCGGAUCCCGGACACGGACGUACUGGCGCGGACGGGAAUCCUCAGCAUCAAUGACAUGCUGAGACAACUACAAUUACACUGGAACGGCCACCUCGUACGGAUGGGUGACGAGAGGCUACCCAAACGACUCUUUAUUCUUCCAACUUCCCCUCCAUUUCGCCAUCACCCUUUCUACCACUUCAAAAAGUACAACAUGGAGGGUAACAUGCAGUCCCGUAGGCGGCCCAGGUUAACUCGGGUCGUUCUCCCACUAAAUCGAGCCGUGACCCAUAGUGAAGUUCAGUACCCGCCCGGGAUGCCUAAGUAGUCCUGUUUGUGGGCAGCACUGCUUACUCGCUGGUAGAGAAGGUACCUAAGAAGGCUUUCUAAACAUACGCUAGGGGAAUAACGCCAUCCGCUAGUAUAUCGCGGCUCGUAGAGAUAAAAGCCGCUAUCAAACUACUCAGAUAAACAACAGCAACAGCCCUUGGCCCCAUUAUCCUCUCCGCAUCCUUGAGACAGAAAGCGUGAGUCUGCUCCCUGCAGCAGCCUGGAAUGUUUGUUCCCUUCUAGACAAUCCGAGCAGCAACCGAUCGGAACGGAGGACGGCGCUCGUCGCUCGAGAACUGACGCGCUACAAGGUGGGCAUCACUGCACUCAGCGAGACCCGGCUUUCCGACCAAGGCCAACUGGAGGAGGUGGGCGCGGGCUACACCUUCUUCUGCGGCGGCCGCUCAAGAGCAGAGCGACGGGAUGCGGGCGUCGCCUUUGCCCUUCAAAACGACAUCGUGGGAUGA